AUGACUGCGACUCACGAAAGCGUUCAGCCGAUGAUAACGGUUGAUAAGAACGAUGACGAUUGCCGUAUCGAUAGCGGCCGAAACAAGAAGUUUCACGGAGCGCUAGGGCAGCUCAGUAUGCAACUGGCUCUCGAUAAAUUUCUAAUUGUUCUGACGAUGAUGGCCUCGGAGCGCUAUCGGUGUGAAGGAGCGUCCAAGAACGGGCCGCAUCCAACAGGUCCGAUCGUCGAAUCCCUCACCGGAUUCAUUCGAGGCGCUCCUCACGAAGUAUUGGCUACCGAAAUCGAGGCCUUCCUUGGAAUUCCGUACGCACAGCCCCCGGUGAAUGAGCUCCGUUUCGCGAAACCGGUUCCCGUAAAAGCAUGGAACGGAAUACUUGAGGCAACCCGGAAAAGAUUCGGCUGUCCUCAAGCGAAUCAGUUUCUCUCGCCGCAUAUUCAACUGCUCUAUGAGAACCACACAUCCGAAGACUGUUUGACCCUGAACAUCUGGCGGCCGAAGGUGAGAUUCCUCUCGAAACUCUCCGAGGGAUCCGCUCCCAAACCGGUUCUUGUUUUCAUCUACGGAGGAGCCUUCCAAUGGGGCAGCGCCGACGUCUUCCUCUAUGACGGAGCAGCGAACUCGGCUUUGAACCACCACAUUUUCGUAUCCUUCAAUUAUAGGGUGGGUCCCUUCGGAUUCCUCGGUCAUCCAGAUCUUCCGGCUAUUUCCGGAUCUAUCGGCUUCUGGGACCAGAAUACGGCGCUGAGAUGGGUGAAGGACAACAUCCAAUCUUUCGGAGGAGAUCCAGAUCAGAUAACGGUGUGCGGUCACAGCGCUGGAGCGAUAUCCGCCGCGGUUCAUGCAAUCUCUCCCCAUGCUAAAGGUCUCUUCCGACGCGCAAUCCUCCAGAGUGGAACAACUUUAUCCAUCGGGACACUCAGUCGGAUCCCGCGAGACACAUUACGCAAGAUCGCGGAACAAUUGGGCUGCGAAGGAAAUCCCUCGGAGUUGGUGGAUUGCUUGCGAACUUUCGAAGCCUCUGAACUCGUCGCCGGCAUUGAAGCUCUCGGUCUGGAAGGUCUCAUUCUCCCACCGUAUGAAUCCGAUUACGUGUCUCUGUCGCCUCAGUUCCUAGAGAACGCCACGUUCAACGUGGACGAGAUCAUCAUCGGAACAAACGAACACGAAGCCAGACACUUCGCGAGACGCAUCGUGGAUUCAAACCGGAGUCUGAAAGCCAUUUUCGCCGAAAUCGGUGGCAUGGCACCCUUUGCCGGACUUCUGAGGAACAUUUUCGAAAUAUCGAUAUCUGAGGCGAGAAGCAUCGUUUCCGAAUAUUUCCCGGUUCACGAGGAGCUGAGCGAAUCCGAAGUGAUCGACCUGGCUUCACAAGCUGCGACGGAUCUCUUCUUUCUGUGUCCCGCCCACUUUUUCUCCCAGGUCGCCGCAUCCAAGAAUGUCGCAGUUUUCCGGUAUCUAUUCCGUCAUCGACCGAGCUUCACCCUCUAUGAGGAAAUCCCUGGUGUCUUGCACGGCGAUGAAUUGCUAUUCACCAUGGGCAAUCUGCCAGUGAUCCAGGAGCUUCUGAGAGAGGACAUUGUGGCUCGGGCGGAUGAAUACGUCUCGAAGCUCAAUCAUUCUACCGAGGAGCAAGAUCUCUUCGAGAACAUCCAGAAUACCUGGUCUAGUUUCGUUAGGAACGGUCUCCCCACGCUACCAGACAGACGAGCGUGGCCGCGUUUCACGGCGUCGCGGAACAUGUACAUAGACAUCAAGGAAGACUUCCAGGUUCGCCGGAACGAUCCAAACACGAAACGCUGUCAGGUCUGGGAGAAACUCAUCAUGCAGAGAUCGAGCCCCUACCUCGACAAGCAAGUAGACGACGAUACAGAGGCCGACUAUAGCGAGAAUCUACUGAGAUUCUCAGAUGCUCAGACCUCUGAAUCUGCCAGUAUCUCUCUGAACCCGUGUAGUAUACUCUUAGCCUCUAUCAUAGUUUCACGAACAAUCUUCCCGAAAUUCUGAAUCGUUAGUCGAGCUACCUUAUCUCAUGUACAUUCCUCUGACCCUCGUGUCUGUAAAUAACCGUCGGAUGUACAUAUGCCUGUACACUAGUCAAUGUUCUCAGAUUAAAGUGUGAAUUAGGUU